UCGAAGGUGAGAAAGGCCAUAUGGCGCCCACAGGAGCCUCUACCGGUUGCGGCAGAAGAAGAUGUGAGCAAAUUGCCUAAUCGGGUGGACGACAUGUUCACCGGACGCGCCAUCUUGAUCACAGGCGGCACCGGGUUCUUGGGCAAGGUUCUGCUUGAGAAGAUUCUGAGAACUUGCAGCAGUGUGGACACUAUCUAUUUACUUAUCCGCAACAAGAAGGGAAAAGAGCCACGCCAACGGGUUGAGGAGGUACUUGCCUCGCCGCUGUUCGGCAAGCUGAAGGCCCAGAUGGACGGCGCCACUCUGAGCCGCAAAGUGGUUGGUAUUCCGGGAGAUGUGACGAUGCUGGAUCUGGGGCUAUCGGCUUCCAAUCGGCAGCUGCUGACCGACCGCGUCUCAAUCGUUUUCCACGCUGCAGCCACUAUCCGGUUCGACGAGCCCCUAAAGCGGGCGGUUCUAAUCAACACUCGAGGUACCAGGCUCAUGCUGGAGCUCGCCCAGGACAUGAAGAAACUCGAGGCGUUUUUGCAUGUCUCCACAUCGUACUGUCACCUCAAGGAGCGAGUCCUCUACGAGAAACUCUAUCCCCCUCCUGCAGAUCCUCAUAAAAUCAUUAAAUGCGUCGAAUGGUUGGAAGAUGACGUCGUUAACGCCAUGACCAAGAAAAUACUGGGGGAAAUACCCAACACUUAUGCAUACACCAAGGCCUUGUCUGAAAGUUUAGUCGCAGAGCAGAUGGACAAGCUGCCCGUCAUCAUUCUCAGGCCAUCCAUUGUGAUACCAAUAUGGAAAGAACCACUGCCAGGGUGGACUGACAAUAUCAACGGACCUAUGGGGCUUCUAAUUGGAGCAGGCAAAGGUGUCAUCCGCACUAUGUAUUGCAACCAACAGGGAUAUGCAGACUAUCUUCCUGUGGACAUUGCAGUUAAUGGAGUACUCCUUGCUGCAUGGAAUUUCAUUAGCAAUAAGGAUCAUGAGAGACGAGUAUGCCAUCUCACAUCCAGUUCAGAAUUAAAAAUCACAUGGGAAGAGAUCAUUGAAAGGGGUCGUCAUGCCAUCAAAGCAGAGGUGCCCUUCAAUGGAGUGGUAUGGUAUCCAGGAGGCAGCAUGAAGAAGAGCAGAUUGGUUCACAACAUUUGUGUAAUCCUUUUCCAUUAUCUGCCAGCCUACCUGAUAGAUGCACUAAUCUUUCUAUCAGGAAACAAACCAAUAUUACUACGAGUUCAACGCAGGAUCAGCAAAGGCUUUGAGAUGUUUGAAUACUAUGCAAAUAAUCAAUGGGACUUCAAAAAUGACCAUGUUGUUGAAAUAAGAAAGCUAAUAAAUUCGAAAGAAAAGAAAAUCUUCAAAAUUGAUGGUGAAGGACUGGAUAUUGAUAGAUACAUUGUAGACUGUAUAUAUGCAGCUCGUUUAUACAUUCUCAAUGAAACACCAGACACACUUCCAGCAGCAAAAAGGCACAUGACAGUAAUGUACUGGGUGGAUGUGAUCACCAAACUGAUGUUCUGUGGUCUCCUGCUUUGGACAUUUGCUUCAUGGUCAGAAAAUUUGUUAGAUGGGAUCCAUGGCAUGUUAAAUUUGGUCCACUAUAUUGUAUCAUCUGGUGGCUCACAGAAGACCCAACCUUAUAAAUAAAUUUAUGGUAACAUCCCUUGAAGCUUCUUCAGUAAUGAGGCUAAACUGUAGACUGCGGACUCAGGUGUUUGUGUACCAAACAUAUUGCAUUAAUACACUUACAUGCUCUGCCAUAGUACAAUCACCUCGUACACAUAUACAACUUAGUUAAUACAUCAAAUACACAUUUGAAAAUUUUACUCUCUGUUUCCUAUAUUCAACUCAUAUCAUACCAGUAUUCUAUCAAUAUAACUAUGAAGAUAUUGCUGGUAAUCAAGAAUAAUGAAGGGUCUCAGUUCACAAUUUGCUAGGCACUAUCAGGUGAUAUUCAGACAUGAAUAUUAACCCUCUCCUUUCCACAUUGGUUUUUAUUUAAGAAAACCUUCUUCUGUUAGUUUACUUCCAUGACAACAUAUAAUUUAUGUACUUUAAAAUCCACAAACAGCUUUAACUGUUGAGAGACUGUAAGAUAUUUUUCACACUAAUCUUUUCAGACACCAAAUAAAGUUUCUGUACUUUGUCAUUUAGUAUUCUGAAAAGAAUACAACAUUUCAGAAAUAUGUAAAUUCCUCAGGUGAAAAGAGAAAGAGGCACAUUCAGAUGAGUUCAUUAGAAAGAACUGAUUUCAAUUGCUGGAUGGUCUAGGUCAGUCAACAGAAACUGUAUAAGCCACUAGUGUCAGGUUUUGUCAACAAAAAAAUUAGAUGAGGUUUUUUUAUGGGCCCAACUGAGUAGAUGCUUCCCCACCUGGUGACAGAAGCAGAGCCUGUUUCUGAUUUGCAUUCUGUUAAAAAACAAGACAAUGAACAAAGUCUACACUCUCAAUAAUACUAAAUGUACAAUACCAUUGUCCGAACCGUUUAAAAUUGACCAAAUAGUCUACGAGGGCCAGUGCUUUUAAAUGAGGUAUCUCAUGCAUAGUGCAGAAAAUAUGAAGUAUUAUAUCAUUGAUAAUAAGGAUAUAGAAAAAGGUGAUAAUAUUAAUAUGGAUCAUAGGGAGAAAACAAAUACUGAGAAAUAACCUUAACUCAGAUACUGAUUGUACUGAGGGGUGAUGUGUCGCCAUACUUAAGGCAUCUUAUUCAGCUAAAUCCAUGUUGCAAGUGUCACGUCAUAUUCCUUAACUCAUCCAUUUCUUAUAACAAAUGGCAGUUGGUCCUCCAUGUAUUCAAAGAAAAGAAUCACACCUGAAUUCACCCACUGUCUGAGGGUUGCAUUUUUGGAAAAUUUUCGUGAACCUUUGUGCCAUUAAUACAUUAAAUGAAUAAGGCAUAACAGUUAAGGGGGAGGUUGCCUUAAAGAACCACUCUUAAAAACAAGUAUACAUUGAUAUGAAAAAUAAAACAAGUACUUUAAAAGUUUUCACCCUAGUGGUUCCAAUUUUGUGUCAGAAUUUGCUCAAAUACAUGAUUGCAUUAUUGUCACUAAUGUCAUACAGUGUUAUUGUUGCAAAAAGAAAUAACACUUCUUCAGCAGAACUCACAUCACCAUUCAGAAUUGUUGUAUUUCAUUUGAUGUAAAAGGUUUUACAAAUAAAGGUAUUUAAAAAACCA